CAAUUGUCUAAUGUGAUGAAUUUUCUUGGUUAUAGAAUCUAAAACUGAUGAUCUGGCUGUGAAAUGUAAUUGAUGAAGGGACAUGCUUCAAGCACUGAAGGCCUAUGCUGCUGUGAAUAUGAGAACAAUCAGGGAGAGAAAAGCCACAUUCUGGCCUGCUGUUGUGAUUGUGAAGCCUUCGAUCAAGCUGCAGACAGGUGUAUAACUUGUCAACAAGUGCCACCAGAGACAAUGGAGCGACUAUUCAAAACCCUCGAAGACCGCUGUCGAGUGCCAGGAAUCCUGGGCCAAGGAGCCAUCAAGUUACGAUUGGACGUUAUCGUUCCUGUGAUCACCAUUCCAAUCUGUCUGUUCUUAGCCACCAUUGGCCCAAUAAUGACCACAUUAAUGUUAACCCUGAUGCCAAUAUUCCUGUUGUGGUUUUAUCGUAUGUGGAAGAGGAAUACGAAAAAAGACAGGACAUUGUUUUUCUACUCCUGGGGACUGAUGUCUGUUGUGACUAUUUUUGUUGUGUUCGAGUCGUGUGUGGUGGGUUUCCGUGAGAUUCUGCUUUGGGAGCAUUUGCUCCUUCUAACUGCUAUGUUUCUGAUGCUGUAUAAUUUUGUGCGAACUAAACUGAAUACGCCAUACCUUAAAAACUUAAAGAGGCAGAGAAACUUUGAAAAGAUGAAUCAGUCUGACAGGCGAGUGGGGAAUGCUGAUGAUGCUGUCAAAGUUCCAAUGAGUUUGGAAGAAAUGACUGCUGGAGAAUUGCCGGAGUCGGAUGUCAAAUGGCUGGAUUCUAGGCCCAUCACAGAUGGAAAACUUGUAACAUGGUGUCAGCAUUGUAAUCUCAAUAAACCGCCCAGGUCUGGUCACUGUAAUCUGUGUAAAGUCUGUGUGUCUGUCAGGGAUCACCACUGUGUCUGGAUUGACACAUGCAUAGGAGCAGAUAAUCAUCGCAGCUUCUUAAUAUCCAUGAUGUUGUUUGUGUUCUGUGGUUAUUAUGGAUGCCAUCUCUCCAUGACAACGCUGUGCACACCUAAGAUGUAUUUUGAUUGGUUCUUAUUUCCAAACGACUGCAGAUUUCUGUACAUUGACUUUCAGACAUCUGCUAGUUUUGUUGGUGUAUGCUAUACAUUCCUGGCCUCCACUUUUAUGCUGUUUGGGUUGAUAUUCCAGUUCUUAUUGAUCAGUCAGAACUUAACUUCCCAGGAGUUCCAUGUAGCCUCUCAGAGAAAUAUGUUAAAGCAUGGUCUUUUCGCCACCAAAAAUGUAUACAACCAAGGCUUUAUACACAAUUGGUUCAAUUUCUGGCUGACGGGAAGAAAAGACACUCGGACCAGUGUUAUAACAUUGUAAUAUAUCACUAUGUGAUGUUUUCUUUUAUAUUUAUAUUUCUAUACUUGUGUUUUUUCUUUUGUGUAUUUUGUUACCCAUUUUCCUCAUCCAUAUCUCAAUGCAAUUUAUGUUUGGUUGUUAAAAUUCCCUCCCUUUUUUAUGGGUAUGGGGGAGGGGGGUAGGUGUCAAAUGAUAUUUUAAAUAUUUUGUGAUGCAUUUAUGUUUAAAAAAAAAUGAAAUCAUCCAUAUUUUUAUUUUUCUACAGAAGUGUUAUUUUACAACCACUUUUUGAUAUUAGGGAAGAAAUUGAUUAUAGUCGUAUCAAAUCACCUCUACGCAAUAAAUUAAAAAUCUCUUUAAUACACAGCCUGGAGUAACUAUUACUGGACUGUACAGUUAUACCUUAAAGCAUUUUAUAACUAAUUGAUAUAAGGUUCAUUAGACCAUCUGAGAUAUCUAAGAUAAUUCUUAGUAUUGUAAAUUAAUAUCUAAGAUUCCCUUUUAUUUAAAAAUUCAUUUCUGUCAAAAUUUUCCCUGCAAGUCUAAGUUGAUAAUUAUUUUUUAUAUAUAUUUUUGGAUUUCUUUACGAAAAUCAUAAGUAUGAAAGCAAAAUUUUAUAUGAUUGAUAAGAGGGAGAUUGAGCAUUAAAUCUACUGGGUACACAUCAUUUUGGAAAGAAUACUGGGAUUUUUUCUUCUGUGAGACAGGGACCUAUAUACUAAGUAUACAAGUCCUUGUGUGAGAGGACUCAUUUUGACAUGCAUAUAUUAUCAUUUUUGGGGCAUUCACCUUCUGCAAUAUUGUAGCUCACUUGUCUAGAAAAGGUAUAAGGUCUGUUCUUUUUUAGCAAGCAAAACUGUAAUGAUCUUUGAUCUUAAUAUUUAGUGAACAAAAACAAGUGUUUGGCAAUUUACCCAGGUACUACCUUCUUUGGCAUAUAAACACAACAUUUUAACCUUCCCUGCUGGGCUCUCAGUCACUAAGAAAGUCCACAGGGAAAAUUUUUGUUUAUAAACUUAGACUGACUGAGAAUGGGGCAUUUUUCCUAUUCUUCAUAAUUAAAACGUUCUGUUUUUUCCUUUUUUUAUCAACUCUCUUUGACUUGUAAUCUGUAAUAAAAUUUCUAGAACAUAUUAAAUUUAUCUUGCCUUGGGUGUUGUACAUUUACAUGUAACUGAAAUCCUUAAUUUCUGAAGUUAUAUUUAUAGCUAUAUUAUCUUAUUUUUCUUUCAUUUAAAUAGCAUUUAAAUAUGAUUUUUAGUUGAUGUUAGUUGGCAUCACCUAAAGAUGGUGUUUUUA